GAACUAUUACGGGUGUUAUAAACUACAGGCGUUAACUCAUUAUUCAGAACUUUGAGCCGAAACGUUUAUAAUGAUUAAAUGUGUGUUUGUUGUUCUGUUAUGCUAUGCUAAGCUAGCCUAUUAGCUCCCGCUCGAGCCCGUUUGAACGUUUGUUGAAGCUUCGUGUCCUCGCGCAGGGUUGGUGGUUAAUGGGCGGGAGGCGCGAGGACACGGGGCUUGAGGAACACGCGCUGUUUACGUUGUUUAUGGUGUUUAUGGGUAAGAUGGGUUAGCUAGCAUGCUAACUGCUGCUGAACACAUGGAGGAGAGGAGGAGACAGGACCGCAGAGGAGAUGAGGAGGAGACAUGAGAGGAGGGAGACGAUGAGACGGGAGAGGAAGGAGGAGACAGGAGGGGAGGGAGAAGAUAAGGAGACAUGGGAUGAGGAUCCAUCCUGCUUCCUUUCUUCCACAGGGCCUCGCCCAGCUGGAGAUCCUGUGUAAGCAGCUGUAUGAGACCACCGACACCGCCGUCCGACACCAGGCAGAGAAAGCUCUGGUGGAGUUCACCAACAGCCCCGACUGUCUCAGCAAGUGUCAGCUGCUGCUGGAGAGAGGCAGUUCAUCAUAUUCUCAGCUGCUCGCAGCCACUUGUUUGUCUAAACUGGUGUCUCGAACCAGCAACCCUCUACCACUCGAGCAACGCAUCGACAUCCGGAACUAUGUUCUGAAUUAUCUGGCUACGCGGCCAAAGUUAGCAGCCUUUGUGACGCAGGCUCUGAUCCAGCUGUAUGCAAGGAUCACCAAGCUGGGCUGGUUCGACUGCCAGAAAGACGACUACGUCUUCAGGAACGUCAUCGCGGACGUCACUCGCUUCCUUCAGGACAGCGUUGAACAUUGCAUCAUCGGGGUCACCAUUCUGUCCCAGCUGACCAAUGAGAUCAAUCAGGCCGACACAACGCACCCUCUGACCAAACACAGGAAGAUCGCGUCUUCAUUCAGAGAUUCGUCUCUUUUCGACAUCUUCACUCUUUCCUGCAACCUCCUCAAACAGGCGUCGGGGAAGAACCUGAACCUGAACGAUGAGUCGCAGCACGGUCUGCUGAUGCAGCUGCUCAAGCUCAGCUACAACUGCCUCAACUACGACUUCAUAGGAACUUCCACCGACGAGUCGUCGGACGACCUCUGCACCGUCCAGAUCCCCACGUCAUGGAGAUCAGCGUUUCUAGAUUCCUCCACUCUGCAGCUCUUUUUCAAUUUAUAUCAUUCCAUCCCUCCGUCCCUUUCCCCGUUGGUGUUGUCAUGUCUAGUUCAGAUAGCCUCGGUCAGGCGGUCUCUCUUCAACAACGCAGAGCGAGCAAAGUUCCUCUCUCACUUGGUGGACGGCGUGAAGAGGAUUCUGGCAAACCCACAGUGUUUGCCAGAUCCCAAUAACUACCACGAGUUCUGCCGCCUGCUGGCGAGGCUGAAGAGUAACUACCAGCUGGGGGAACUGGUGAAAGUAGAAAACUACCCUGAAGUUAUCCGCCUCAUAGCCAACUUCACCGUCACCAGUCUGCAGCACUGGGAGUUCGCCCCCAACAGCGUUCACUAUCUGCUGAGUCUGUGGCAGCGCCUGGCAGCGUCGGUCCCUUACGUUAAAGCCACCGAGCCUCACCUGCUGGAGACCUACACUCCGGAGGUCACCAAGGCCUACAUCACGUCCCGGCUGGAGUCGGUCCACGUUAUCCUCAGAGACGGGUUAGAAGACCCUCUGGACGACGCCGGGCUGGUCCAGCAGCAGUUGGACCAGCUGUCCACCAUCGGGCGGUGCGAGUAUGAGAAAACGUGCGCUCUGCUGGUCCAGCUGUUCGACCAGGCGGCUCAGACCUACCAGGAGCUCCUUCAGUCCACCAACUCCAGCGCUGCAGACAUCACUGUGCAGGAGGGCCGGUUGACGUGGCUGGUUUACAUAAUCGGAGCGGUCAUCGGUGGACGGGUGUCGUUUGCGAGUACAGACGAGCAGGACGCCAUGGAUGGGGAGUUAGUCUGUCGGGUGCUCCAGCUGAUGAAUCUGACCGACUCUCGGCUCGCUCAGGCCGGCAACGAGAGGCUGGAGCUGGCCAUGCUCAGCUUCUUCGAGCAGUUCAGGAAGAUCUACAUCGGAGACCAGGUGCAGAAAUCCUCAAAGCUUUAUCGACGACUAUCAGAAGUUCUGGGGUUGAAUGAUGAGACGAUGGUCCUCAGUGUCUUUAUCGGGAAAAUCAUCACCAACCUGAAGUACUGGGGCCAGUGUGAACCGAUCACCUCCAAGACACUCCAACUACUGAAUGACCUCUCUUUAGGGUACAGCAGCGUGAGGAAGCUGGUGAAGCUAAGCGCUGUCCAGUUCAUGUUGAACAACCACACUAGCGAACACUUCUCCUUCCUCGGCAUCAACAACCAGUCGAAUCUAAGCGACAUGAGAUGUCGGACCACCUUCUACACGGCUCUGGGGCGCCUGCUCAUGGUGGACUUAGGAGAAGAUGAGGACCAGUUUGAACAGUUCAUGCUUCCUCUGACGGCUGCGUUUGAAACUGUGGCUCAGAUGUUAAGUACAAACACCUUCAACGAGCAGGAAGCCAAGAGGACUCUGGUGGGUCUGGUCCGAGACCUGCGGGGCAUCGCCUUCGCCUUCAACGCCAAGACCAGUUUCAUGAUGCUCUUUGAUUGGAUAUAUCCCGCCUACAUGCCCAUCCUGCAGAGAGCCAUCGAGCUCUGGUACCACGACCCAGCAUGCACCACUCCGGUCCUCAAGCUAAUGGCCGAGCUGGUCCACAACAGAUCCCAGAGGCUUCAGUUCGACGUGUCGUCGCCGAACGGCAUCCUGCUGUUCAGAGAAACCAGCAAGAUGAUCACAACCUACGGAAACCGCAUCCUGACGCUGGGAGAAGUCCCGAAGGACCAGGUCUACGGCGUGAAGCUGAAGGGCGUCAGCGUGUGCUUCGCCAUGCUGAAGGCGGUGCUCAGCGGGAACUACGUCAACUUCGGAGUCUUCCGUCUGUACGGGGACGACGCUCUGGACAACGCCCUCCAGACCUUCAUCAAACUGCUGCUGUCCAUCCCGCACAGCGACCUUCUGGACUACCCGAAGCUCAGCCAGUCCUUCUACUCGCUGCUGGAGGUUCUGACUCAGGACCACAUGAACUUCAUCGCCAGUCUGGAGCCUCACGUGGUCAUGUACAUCCUGUCCUCCAUAUCCGAGGGGCUCACGGCGCUCGAUACGAUGGUGUGCACGGGAUGCUGCUCCAGUCUGGACCACAUCGUCACCUACCUGUUCAAGCAGCUGUCCCGGUCCACGAAGAAGAGGCCGGCUCCCAUGGCCUCGGACGACCGCUUCCUCCACAUCAUGCAGCAGCACCCGGAGAUGAUCCAGCAGAUGCUUUCCACCGUGUUAAACAUCAUCAUCUUCGAGGACUGCAGGAACCAGUGGUCCAUGUCUCGGCCUCUGCUCGGCCUCAUCCUGCUCAACGAGAAGUUCCUCCAGUACUUUGCUGACCUGAGGAACAGCAUUGUGAACAGUCAGCCUCCAGAGAAACAACAAGCAAUGCAUUUGUGCUUUGAGAACCUGAUGGAGGGAAUCGAACGGAACCUGCUGACGAAGAACCGGGACAGGUUCACUCAGAACCUGUCUGUCUUCAGGAGGGAGGUGAACGACAGCAUGAAGAACUCGACGUACGGCGUCAACAGCAACGACAUGAUGAGCUGACAUUCCAGAGAGGAGCCCCCACACCCCCCCCACCCGCGGGAUCGUUGGUUAACUCCGCCUCCUUUUUGAUAUAAGCAUAUAUAAAUAUAUACAGAUCUAUUUUAAAGCGAUGGUCGCCUCGUCUGGCUGUUCUAACGGGGGUGGGGGUGGGGGGGCAGGAAGUGGGGGGGUAAAGGUUGUAAUCCGCUUCUGCUGCCUUGUAUAGAAACAGAAAACACGUGUACAUUUCUUUUGGUAACGUUUUGAACUGUUUAUAACGAUUUCAACACAAAGAGACGAAGAAAAAGUUACAAAAAAACAACCGUGUGAUUGAGCUUUUUACAGUGUAGCGAGUUAGUGCACCUGUCUGUCUGCGUGGGGGGGCUCCACAGGAAGUGGGGGGGCGGGGGCACACACACUAACAAAGGGAGUCAGAGCGUCCAUGUUGUACAUUUUAAUAAAGUCUCUGAAGGGAUGUUAAUAUCCUGAGCAGCAGACAGGUUCAAGGGACAGUCUGCCUGUCUACCUACCUGUCUGCCUGUCUACCUAACUGUCUGCCUGUCUGUCUGUCUGUCUCACUCACAAAGACACAUUCACAUUUUCCUCUUUAGUUUAAUUUCUUCUCGCAAACUGAAUCGUUUUAAAAUAUUUUCACAUUUUAACGACUCGCCGGUCCAGAAACUGAAAUGAGACGAAACAAUUCAUGGAAGCAGAAAUCAAAGACGCUAUUGAUCCUUUAUUAUAUUUAUAGCACUAAUUAUUUUCUCAAUGAAUCUAUAAAAUGUCAGAUUCCCAAAGCAGAAGUAUUAAAUGUCUCGUUUUGACCCAGAAGGAAAAGAUGUAAAUCCUCUUGUUUUGAUGAAUCACCUGAAGAAAGCUGCUGAUCAUUCUCACUUUAGUCGACUCGGUAGACCCGGUCCUGGUUCUGGUCCACCUGUCUGCAUCAUGGUCUCAGCUCGUCCCCCUUCUGGACCGCCGGGUGCAGUUUCCACCAUUUUGUUUACACUCUGGAUUCCUUGGACCAGGUUUUGGGACUGCCCCCCCUUGUAGGUCCUGCAGCAGAGUCCUUCUUGGUGUGUGUGUGUGUGUGUGUGUGUGAGAGCGUGUGUGUGUGUGUGUGUGUGUGUGUGUUGUGUGUGUGUGUGUGUGUGUGUGUGUGGCGUCUCAUGGUGCUGCGAACCCACAAUGGAGCUCAAACAGGUCUGAAGGAACCAGAAGGCUCUGAAGACCUGAACGUGUACAGAGAGAAGCGGACCGGAGUCUCUGAGCAACUAGUUGCUCCACGAUGUUGCUGCUAACUGUUUGUGACAACUGGCUCAUUGUCUGUCCUGAGGUGGACGCUGGGUCCUAGAGUCCGUCUCCUACGUUGUGUUCGCAUCGUGACUGCAAAUAAACCUCAUCAGUUUUUA